AUCCGCGUCUUCUUUCCCAACGAACAAAUUUACAAGUUUCAGUCCAUUCGUAUUCAUUCUCAUUUUCUUAUUGUUCGAACCAGAAAAUGCCGAAGCGUAGAACGAAGAAAUCUGCAAAAGCACGCGAAUCAAUACCAGACUCUCAAAUUCGGAAGCAACCACCUCAAUUCAUGGACCUCGAAAUCCAAGAGAUGGAGAGAGAAAUUGGAACGAUUAGGGCGCGUCGCGACGCGGAUAUCAAGCACUGGCUCACGGAACUGCGAUUGUUGCGCUCGCGUUUCAGCAGCGAGGAGCUUCGGAAACCUGUGUUGCAGGUUUUUGAAGAAACCCUGCCUAAUCUCUCUCUCGUGAUCGACGAACGCAACAAGAAUAUAGAAGUGAAAUGGAGAGAAAAAGAGGGUUGUAACGAUGGAAUGGAUGUCCGCGCUUCUUUGUUCCAAGGAUUCAUUGCAUCCAUCUCUCGUUUUCCAGGCUUUGACUAUUCUGCCAGUGCAGGGAGAAUGAGCUUUAUUGGUGCUGAUAACCUUCAAUUCAAGGACAAUGUAUGUUUGUUCUCUUUUCACUUUAUUUAUUAGCUAUUGUCAUACACCUUUCGUAGGGUGCCUUGAAUGCAGUGCGAUUC